AAAAUUAGACCAAGAGAGAAUAAAGAAAAAAGGAAAUAGAAACAGAAAGAAAAAGAAAUGACAUAACAGUAACAGGGAAGCUAAUGGCUUACUGGCUUCUUUGCUUAUAAUUUUAGACAGGCUACUCCUACUUCCUUAAAAUAAAAUUAAAAAAAAAUACCCCCUCUCCAUUGCUUUCUUCAUCGGAAAGUAACGUCAGCAAACGGUGAUGCACCGCUUUUAGAUUCCAAAUUUACAGAAUCCGGCAAGGUACUACUAUUCUUUUUCUUGAUAAUAACGCUGAAAACCCAAAUCCUCGACUUCUUUCUAUAGUUAGUGGCAUCAGAUCUGGUGGCGUUUACUUUGAUAUUGUGAUUUGAGAUAGAUUUAGACGAUAAAAUCUGUUCCUAUUGGAAAUAUUUUGUAUUUUGAGAUGAUUUUGAAGGGAAUUUUGAAAAGUUAGGGUUUUUGGGUGUUUUUUUUUUGUCUUUAUGGAAGAGGGAAGGAGAUCUGGUGACCCAUCUGGGUAUAUAGUGAAGAAUAGGAGUUCUUCAGGUUGUUUGAUUGUGAGAAAGAAAGGUAAUGAUGGUGUGGGAGGUGCGGGGUCUUCUGGUUCACACAAGGUUUUUGAGUCAAAGAAAGAGAAAAAGAGGCUUAGGGUGGAAUACAGUGACUCAGGGUCUAGUGACGAGUUGUUAAUGCCACCGCGUAGAAGGGUAGGCCCUGAAACAUCGAGGGCAUGUAAUGGUUUGAGUGGUUAUGAAGAGAGUUAUAUUGGCAGGAAGAGAAGCAGAGGGGAGGAUAUUAAGCGUAACGAGGUUGGUUUGAUUGGUAGGAAUGGGGGGGAUUUGAGUGAAAGGAAGAGGAAUAAGUUGGAUAUGUUUGGGUUUGAUGAGUAUGAUGGGAAUGGCUUGGAAAUGUCGAGGAGGCAGCAGUUUGAUGAUGGUGGAAUUGAAGGGAGGGGGUAUUUCAGGCCGAUGAUGCCAGGGAGAAGUGGCAUUGCAAGGGAAUAUGAGUCAGGCUCCAGCAGGCAUGCUGUUAUUGAUAGAAGAAAGAGUUCAUAUUUUGAGAGGUCAAGUGGGCCAAGUCAGGGAGGUGAUAUGGUUGGAGCUCGGUCAUCUUUGUCGUUUUUGAGGGAUAGUUAUGAUUCUGAUGAACCCAUUCGGGUUCAGGGGAAAAAUGGUGUUUUAAAGGUGAUGGUCAACAAGAAAAAGAAGGUUGGUGGGUAUUUGAAUAGUUAUGAUCUUUUGGAAGCUGAGGGAAAUAGAAAGGUUUUGAGAGCAGAGGAAUCUGUGAAGAAGAAUGUUCUAAUUCGUCCUCCUGUCUACUCUGAUCCUAAAAGCCUUGAUAAAGCUGGUUCAGUUUCUAGGACAGAGAAGAAUGCAAUGAAUAUGAAGAAAUCGGUGUCAACUAAGAAUGGUAAAGUCAGUGAUAGGAAUUCAGAAGACAGUGAGACAUUGUUGAAGUUGGGACCAAAGAAAGUUGAAGCUCACAAUCCUAUGAAGACACCAUUGGCAACAAAGAAAAGCAAGGACCUUGACAUGGAUUCUGAUGACAGUGAUGCAUCUUUAAAGCUGGGACCAAAGCACGAAGGCAAAAAAGCAGGGGACAAGCAGGGGACAAGCAGCGAAGGUGAAAAAACCCCUUACAACCAGCACUCAGAAACUAGAAUCAAAGAAGGAAAAGUUAAGCGAGGUAGUGGCACGGAAAAACAGAAGUUGCGAGAACGGAUAAGGGAGAUGCUUCUGAAUUCAGGCUGGACAAUAGACUACAGGCCUAGAAGGAACAGAGACUAUCUCGAUGCAGUUUAUAUAAAUCCUACUGGAACAGCUUACUGGUCCAUAAUCAAGGCAUAUGAUGCCCUUCUAAAGCAAUUAGAUGAGGUUGAGGCAAGAUCCAGAGGUGAUGGUUCUCCUUUUACGCCUUUAUCAAAUGACGUGCUCAGCCAACUAACAAGGAAGACAAAAAAGAAGAUUGAGAAAGAAUUGAAAAGGAAGAAAAGAGAUGUCAGCGACAGUGAGGAUGCAAGAGAAACUACUGUAAGAAAGUCAAUUACCAGGUAUGAUGAGGAGAGCCUGGACAGCGGUAGCCGUGAAGAGAAACUAAGCUCCUUUGUAAAGCAGGUUGGAAAGUCAUUGAAGAGCAGAACUAGUGGCAAUGGUUCUGUCAGUAUAAACUCAAUAAGUGAGAGUUCCACGCAUCAUUUACACGACGGCACUGAGAAACCAUCAUCUGGGUCCAAUUCUCUUCUGGGAAGUAAAAGUAGAAAACUGGGCAGAUGUAUGUUGUUGGUACGGAAUUCUAAUGAGGGCACAUUGCUGGAUGGUGAUGGAUUUGUUCCAUAUUCGGGGAAACGGACACUCCUCUCCUGGUUGAUUGACUGUGGAACUGUGCAGUUGAGUGAAAAGGUGUGCUACAUGAAUCGUCGACGAACAAAAGUGAUGCUGGAAGGGUGGCUUACAAGAGAUGGAAUUCAUUGUGGUUGCUGCAGCAAAAUCCUCACAGUAUCGAAGUUUGAGAUCCAUGCAGGGAGCAAACUGCGCCAGCCAUUUCAAAAUAUAUAUCUAGACUCUGGUGUUUCUCUUUUGGACUGCCAGAUUGAAGCAUGGAAUAGGCAGGAAUCAGUUAAACGCCUUGGUUUUCAAGCUGUAGACAUUGAUGGUAACGAUCCAAAUGAUGAUACAUGUGGCCUCUGUGGAGAUGGUGGAGAUUUGAUGUGUUGUGAUGGCUGUCCAUCAACAUUUCAUCAGAGCUGCUUAGAUAUAAAGAUGCUUCCCCCAGGUGAUUGGCAUUGUCCAAACUGUACUUGCAAAUUCUGUGGGAUAGCGAGUGAUAAAAAUGCCCAGGGAGAUGAUACAACAGUCUCCAAGCUUCUCACCUGUAGUCUGUGUGUAAAAAAAUAUCACAGUUCAUGCACACAGGAGUUUGAUGCUCUUUCCAUUGACACCAACAGUCCAGUCGCUAGGUUUUGUGAGAAGAAAUGCGGAGAGCUCUUUGAACAGUUGCAGAAGUAUCUUGGGGUCAAACAUGAACUAGAUGCUGGGUUUUCAUGGUCUCUAAUUCAUAGAGUAGAUGCAGAUUCUGACGCCUCUCUCCAAGGACUUCCACAAAGGGUGGAGUGCAAUUCGAAGCUGGCUGUUUCUUUGUCUGUCAUGGACGAGUGCUUUUUGCCAGUUGUUGAUAGGAGGAGUGGGAUCAAUUUAAUUCAGAAUGUUCUCUACAACUGUGGAUCAAACUUUAACCGGCUGAAUUUUGGUGGCUUUUAUGCUGUUAUUCUGGAAAGGGGUGAUGAAAUAAUAUCUACUGCAUCCAUCAGGUUCCACGGAACUCGGUUGGCAGAAAUGCCAUUUAUUGGAACUCGCCAUAUGUACAGGCGUCAAGGGAUGUGCCGUCGGCUUUUCUAUGCUAUUGAAUCGACACUAUGCUCUCUGAAGGUUGAGAAACUGAUUAUCCCUGCAAUUUCUGAACUCAUGCAUACAUGGACAGAGGUUUUUGGUUUCACUACUCUUGAUGAAUUACUCAAGCAAGAAUUGAAGUCUAUGAAUAUGUUGGUGUUCCCUGGUAUAGAUAUGUUCCAGAAGGAGCUCAGGCAAGAAAAUAUUGAUGGAAAGAGGAGUACCAGCAUAGGUUUUGGUGCAAACCAGAUGGAGUUCGAAGAAGACAGUGAAUAUAUUAAAACUGUAGUAAAUAAAUCUGAUGCAGAUUCUCCAGCUGGGCAUGAUGCUCAUGAUUGUGAUAAUAGUGGUUUGGAAUGUUCGAUUAGGAAAAAUGAAGUGGCUAGUGCUAGUUCUGAUUCCCAAUGCCCUGAUGUUUCCUCGAACAAUAUCUCUACUAUGAAUAGUUCUUUGGAUGUGUCUCAUGGACUUCAAAGUGCAGUGCCACUCAAGGAGGAAACCAUACAGACAAAUUCUAAAUCAGAGGACAAGUUGGUUCAAUCUGCUGUGGAUAAGAAAAGUGAAUGUGUCUCUUACACAACUCAUGAUGUACAUGAGAUGGUUAAAUCCAAAUCCAAUUCUCCUGUUGAAGAUACCUCUCUGACUUGUUUCAAGGGAGAUGUGGCAGCUAAGGAUACAGAUACCCAACUUCCAGGUGCUUCCCUAGGCGAUGCCUCGGUGAUGAGUGGUUCUUUAGAUGCUUCUUGUGAACUUAAAGAUGCAGCACCUUUUGAUGGGACUUCAUCUGCUGAUUCUGAAUCAGAGGGCAAGAUACUUGGGUCUGCUUCUAUAACAAUCUUGAACGUGAGUGGUGACAGUCGAGAGGAAAAUAAAUCUGAAAUGGGUUCUCCUGCCAAAGACAGUGAUCUAUCUUGUAAAGUGGAUGGAAUUAAUCUAUUUCAUUCAUUGAAUCUGAAUGAGUCUGUGUCUGGGGAACUUAAAGUUUCAAAUUCAGUAGAAGAGAGUGGAUGUGCUGAUUCUCAAUCAGAGGAAAAGUUUGUGGAAAUAACACUGAAGAUGGAAACUAUGCCCCUAUCAGAUUCCUCAGUUGUAAACAAUAACGUGGCUUGUAAUGAUGGUGAUUUGGGUGAUAUUCCUACAGGAAGUGUCGAUAUGGUAUCUCUUGAAGCUGUCCCUUCCAUAGAGAAGACAACUGAAGAAAACUUUGUUGAGAAGGUUAAUGAAAUUUCAGGUGUAUCUGUUUCUGGAUUCAGUGGUGCCGAGGAGAAUAACAUGCAAAUCGAGUCCAACCCAAAUAGUGAAAUUGGCCAUGAGAGGGGAAUCAAAUUAGACGUGGUUCCAGAGGCUGUUUCUGAUGCAAUGUAUUGUGGAGGAGCUGCAUUGCAUGUGCCGGAGGAGAGUUCUGUGAUUGAUGCAAGUGAAGGGAAAAUCGAAUCUGGCUCUAUCUGACACUAACACUUCCACAGAAUUCCUGCUAUGUGUUUCUGUGCUCAACUUUCAUGCGGAACUUGGAAUGCUCCAACUGGUUCGUGAUUGUUAGGGCACUGUUUUGGCAUAAAGAAGCACCAUCAAUCGUUGCAAUCAGCGCCGAUACCAUUUCUUAGGAUGAUUUUCAAGAUUCAGUUUGUACUAUGGCAAGCACCAAGAUAAAUUUUGAUACCAAAGAGUUGCAAUUCGAUCUCUCGAUGGAAUUAUCAGGUGUCAUAUCCGCUCGACGCUGGAGGAGAAUCUACUGUCGUGAACCGCAGGCAAUGAUGGAGGCUGGUGGCAGAUAUGUGGAGAUGUUCAAGUGUUGAUGAUCAACGUAUUGAUGCAAUGCAGUGUACAUAUCUGAAUCUGCCGAGAUCCAAAUUCCGAGUUUCUUACGAAGUCUUGUAUUAUUUCAUUUUCAUAUGGCAACAUCUUGACACAUGACGUAGGCGGUUGGAGAAAGAUUUUGAACUCUAUUUUUCCAUGUAAUUAUAACUUAUCCUCUGUUUUUUUCUCCUCA